AUGUCUCUCCAGCCCGACGACCCACGGUCGCGUGGCCGUUCCAGAUCGCGACAGCGCUCGAGUUCGCGCGCUUCCGCCCUGGGGAAUACGUAUCUGUCUUCCGAACCGACAGACGAAUACCUGCGAGCGAGAUCAAGGAGCCGUGGUUAUCGGACCAGCGCCAGCCAUCUACCCUCUGGCGCCGAUCCGGGCCACUAUACGUAUCUCCGCGACCACAACGACCCCUCACGGUCCCCCAACCUUCGUCCGGUUCGUUACGAUGCUCCCCCGGAUGAUGUCUACUCGGAUUCAGACGACGACGCACUGGCCUAUGGGGACAUUCCUGGCGGACUUGAGCGCGGCUACUAUGGGUACAUGGCUACGCCUCGAACCUCGUCCUCUCAGGUCAACGGUGCCAUGAUGUCUGGCGCGCUGAAUGGUGACAGGCGCGCCGGAAAGGAGCCCACCUCAGGACGUUCCAGCGAGGAAGCGCUAGGCGGUCAUCCCAGCUACGCGAAACCGGGCGCGUUCAAUUAUGCAACCCCCGGUCAAUACCUUCAUGCGCAACCAGACUGGGCGCCGAUCCCAGAGUGUGAGCGUCCCGGGUUCGUACCGCCGUCGUCGCAAGCCGACGAACAAUACAUGCCGGGUGCAUUUCCGCAGCCGGCGACAACCGCUGCGCCGUCGUUUCCGAUGCCUCAGUACGCGAACCUGGAAGCACAGUCGAAUCCGUAUCCAUCCUGGGGGGGUCGCCCCGUCUCAAUGUCGGGCCCUCAUGCGUACGUUCCUACAGUCAGUUCUCCGACCCAUAAGCGCGCUGUAUCAAGCGACGCCACGGCGCAGACCCCGUACGCCAACCCGCCUACUUUCCAGUACGCGCAGGUCGAUCCGAAAGUUCAAUAUACCUCGAAGGGCGCGUCCAAGCAACCUGUGUCGUAUACCGCGGCACCCCAGUACACCAAACCAGGUGAGGCAAAUAGGGGUCAACCGUCGCAGUACGCGAACGUCAAAUACUCCGCCAACCCGCAGUUCUCCAAGACCCCCACCAGUCGUCCGGAAAGCGGACAGCAGUAUGUCGAAAUCGUGCCCGGCGACCGGGCGGGCACUCGUCAGAAGAGUCACUCCGUCUCCUUGGGCAACAAUCUGUCGGUCGCAGGUCCCGACCCCAGCCUUCGACCGGCGAGUCCGAUGCUGGAGCCGUACAAGGGGACGUACCAGAGCAUCUCCCCGAUGCCGUCUCCGAUCGUCAUCCCCUCCAAGCGGGAUGAAGACGUGUCGGACCUCGAGCCCCUAGAUGGCGGCUCCGACUCGAGCGGGCUACGAAAGCAUCGGAGGAAGAAGUCAAAGGACGAGAGGGAACUGAAGGAGCCAAAAAGUGAUCGCUCCAAGCGCGAGAGGAGUCGUGUCCGACCAGAGCGACCUAGUUCGCAAGAACAAGCCGUCAUGCUGAUAGAACCCAGCACACCGCGCAAGAAAGUGUCUUUCUACGACCCCGAACCCGAUGCCAUGGCCAUGCAGGAUGCCUUGUCGCAUACCCGCAGCAUCGAUAGCAAGGCCCUCAUCCGUGUGCUGCCCCAUUUGGCCAGCGAGGAGAUCUUGGACCUCCGGGCGGAGUACAAGAAGCAUGUGAAGCUGCACGGCAAAAGCGUCAACCUGGCCAAGCACAUUCGCCUGAAGCUGGGCAACAGCACCUUUGGCAAGGUGUGCUAUGCGACUGCAUUGGGCCGGUGGGAAUCCGAAGCGUUCUGGGCCAACUGUUACUACCAGUCGAGUACGUCCCGACGCGAGCUGCUGAUUGAGUCGCUGUUUGGGCGGAGCAACAGUGAGAUCCGUGCCAUCAAAGAAUGCUUCCGCGACUCACGGUACCUUGAUAACCUGGAGAAAUGCAUGAAGGCCGAACUGAAGGCUGACAAAUUCCGAACCGCUGUGUUAAUGGCGCUCGAGGGCACCCGGCAGAGUGAACGGGAGCCCCUCGAUGGCGAGUUAAUCGAACGGGACGUCCAAGAGCUGCACAAGGCGUUGGUGUCGCGACAUGGAGGCGAAACCGCCAUGAUUUAUAUCAUUGUUCGCCGGAGCGACUCCCACUUGCGAGAGGUGCUCCGCCUGUAUGAGCGGAUCUACGGCCGGAAUUUCGCCCGUGCUAUGAUUGCCAAGUCGCAGAAUCUGGUGGGCGAAACCCUUGCGCAUAUACUCAACGGAGUUAUCAACCGACCCAUGCGCGACGCUCUCCUUCUCCACCAGGCUCUGCGGGAAUCGCGGACGGGCAAGGAGCGAUCGGAAUUGUUGAUUUCCCGUCUGGUCCGAUUGCACUGGGAACCGCGCCAUCUGGAACAGGUGAAAAGCGAAUUCCGUCGGAGAUACGGAGAGCGACUGGAAGAGGCCAUUGCCGAGGAAGUUUUGACCAGCAGCAGCAGCGAUGACUGGGGCGAGUUCUGUAUUGGCUUGGCGCGCAGUUCCAAGGUGCUGUCGAAAAAGGGCUAA